CCGUUCUGAGCAUGCGCACUAUCUUCCCAAGCUCCGAGCAUGCGCCGUCGCUGCUCCCGUUCACAGAAAGGACGAGGCCGCAUUCCACCCGUUGCCGGGGAGGGGGCGACACCCCCUCCCCCAGCCGCCCGCGCAACGUCAACCGCCGCUGCAAAGGGGAUAAGAAGGGAGAGGAGCCGCGGGCCUGUGAACCUGAACUGAGCGUCGCGCCAACGCCUGGCAAGAGUCAACCCGAUCCCGUCGGCGGCUGAGCGAUCGUCUGCCUCCUCGAGCAUGGAAGGAGCUAACGGCAAGCCAGAGAAGGAGAGGGCCCACCCGGGUCCCGGGAGCGGCCGAGGACUGAGCCAGCCGGCGAGUGGCCGCAGCGCUGAGCGGCCUUACAAGUGCGGGGACUGCGGGAAGGGCUACAACACCCAGUCCGAGCUGGAGACGCACCGGCGCAGCCACACCGGCGAGCGGCCCUUCUCCUGCCCCGUCUGCGAGAAGGGCUUCACCCGCUCGUCCGACCUGAGGGUGCACCAGCGGGUCCACACCGGCGAGCGGCCCUUCUCCUGCCCCGUCUGCGAGAAGAGCUUCACCCGCUCGUCCCACCUCCUCACCCACCAACGGGUCCACACCGGCGAGCGGCCCUACAGCUGCUCGGUCUGCGGCAAGGGCUUCACCCAGCUCUCCAACCGGCUGCGGCACCAGAGGCUGCACACGGGCGAGCGGCCCUUCACCUGCCCCGUCUGCCGCAAGGGCUUCACUGACUCCUCCACCCUGCUGCGGCACCAGCGGCUGCACACCGAGGAGCGGCCCUUCACCUGCUCGGUCUGCGGCAAGGGCUUCACCCGCUCGCCUCACCUCCUCACCCACCAGCGGGUCCACACGGGCGAGCGGCCCUUCUCCUGCUCGGUCUGCGGCCGCCGCUUCACCCAGUCCUCCCACCUGCUGACCCACCAGCACAGCCACACCGGCGAGCGGCCCUUCCGCUGCUCGGUCUGCGGCCGCGGCUUCACCCAGCUCUCCCUUCUCCUGGCCCACCAGCACCUGCACGCCGAGAACAAUCCUGUCAAGUACCCGGACGGCGAGGCGGGCGGGGGGGAGGGAGGGGAGCCGGCCCAGCCCGGCGAGCGGCCCUUCAAGUGCUCGGUCUGCGCCAAGGCCUUCACCUGCCUCUCCCACCUGCUGCGGCAUCUGCGGGUGCACAGCGGCGAGCGCCCCUUCCAGUGCUCGGUCUGCGAGAAGGGCUUCACCCAGUCGUCCAGCCUGCUGACCCACCAGCGCAUCCACACGGGCGAGCGGCCCUUCUCCUGCUCCCAGUGCGGCAAGGGCUUCUCCCGCUCCUCUCACCUCCUGAGGCACCAGCGCAUCCACGUUUGA